GGUUAGGCUGGCAGGCCAGCGCGCGUUGACAUCAGUGCGUGUCCCCGGGGCAGAUGGGCAGGGCAGUGGGAAGCUGGCGGCGGGCUACGCUGGCCUGCGUCCUGGUCCUGGUCCUGGUCCUGGUCCUGCUGGCCGGGACCAGGGCGCUGGAGAAUGGGCUGGCCCGGACCCCCACUAUGGGCUGGCUGCACUGGGAGCGCUUCCUGUGCAGCACCGACUGCGCCAGCGACCCGCUCUCCUGCGUCAGUGAGCAGCUGUUUAUGCAGAUGGCUGACUUGAUGGUUUCAGAUGGCUGGAAGGAUGUAGGCUAUGAGUAUGUCUGUAUUGAUGACUGCUGGAUGUCUCUGACUCGAGAUAAUCAGGACAGGCUGCAACCUGACCCAGAACGCUUCCCCAGUGGGAUCCGCAAACUGGCCGACUAUGUCCAUUCCAAAGGGCUGAAGCUGGGGAUUUAUGGGGAUGUUGGAAACAAAACCUGCGCUGGCUUCCCUGGCAGUUAUGGCCACUAUGACCUUGAUGCCCAAACCUUUGCUGACUGGGGUGUGGACCUGCUGAAGUUCGAUGGCUGUAACUACGGCACACAGGACCAGCUGGCAGAAGGUUACAGGAACAUGUCUCUGGCCCUGAAUAAGACUGGCAGAAGCAUUGUGUACUCUUGUGAAUGGCCUCUCUACAUGAGACCCAUGCAGAGGCCCAAUUACACAGAAAUCAAACACUACUGCAAUCACUGGAGGAACUUUGCUGACAUCUAUGAUGCCUGGAACAGUGUUAAGAAUACCCUGGAGUGGACGGCUUUACACCAAGACAGCAUUGUGGAUGUUGCUGGGCCAGGAGGCUGGAAUGACCCUGACAUGCUGGUGAUUGGCAACUUUGGAUUGAGCUGGGACCAGCAGCUGACUCAGAUGGCACUGUGGGCUAUCAUGGCAGCUCCACUGCUCAUGUCCAAUGACCUACGUCAUAUCAGCCCCCAGGCCAAGUGGCUGCUCCAGAACAAAGAUGUGAUUGCCAUCAACCAGGACCCGCUGGGCAAGCAAGGAUACCGUAUCACCAAGGAUAACAACUUUGAGCUCUGGGAGCGGCCUCUGUCAGGGGGUACCUAUGCUGUGGCCGUGAUGAAUCGACAGGAGAUUGGAGGACCCCAGAUCUUCAGCUUCUCUACCUCUUUCCUUGGCAAUGGCCUGGCAUGCAACCCUGCAUGCUCCAUCCAGCAGAUCCUCCCCACCAGUGAGGACUGGGGACUACACAACUGGGUCUCGUUCUUGAACAUUAAGGUGAACCCAACGGGUACUGUGCUGCUGAAGGUGGUGGUGAUUGGGGAGUCCCCAGCUGAGAAGCCUGUUAUGAACAUCAACAAAAAACCAUCUCCAGAUAUCUUAUAAUGUAAUGGUGACCUAAUUCCCCAGGCAACAGAGCUCCCUUGCUCCAAUCCUGCCCCUCCACAUCCAUGGGCAGUAAGUGCUGAAGAUCCCAUCAGUGAUGGAUGAACUUUACCAAACUAACCCUAAUCCAGCAAAAAGUACUGUAAUCUCUCUCCAUCCUUGUGUUGCAAUUACUGGGAAGAGGGUGCCUUUUACUUGUCCCUGCUAGAUCUGUUGAAGUCCUGCUCAAUGUAGCAUGUGACCUAACCUUCCUUUCUCUGGGGGCUAAAGAAUUGAGUUGGUCAGUUAGACUGGAUCAGCCUUCUGUAAAGACCUAAUGGCCUUGGUAACAGGUGAGAAAACACAGAGCAAGCACAUACCAUGUUAAUGAGGUUCUUCAGUGGUGCCAGGACUCAGGGGAAGAGUGCUCCCAUCUUGCCUUAACAGCUUCCUCUCAGGCCUGUGUGACUAAUGUACACCAGCUGCAAGAAAACACACUCCACCCUCAAAUCCCCACCUGAAGUCAUAUAGUCACCUCCUACCCUUUUGCCAAGGUUGCUCUCACCUUGCUGUGAUGAGUGUCUUAAGCCAGUACUUUUUAAGGCUAUCGCUUUCUUGCUGGCUGUCUCCCUUUAAUUUGAGAAAAGGGCACUACAUCCAUGUAGUCGUAUCUCCCACUUAUGUGGCUUUCACUUUGUUCUAGGGUUUUUCUUACUCCAUAUUUCUUUAGGGGAGGGUAGUCACUCAGCUGCCUUCAGCAGCUUACUGAUUGUCUUGGUGCCAGCAGCUGUAUGUUCCACUGCUGGCUCUGGACUAAAGGAAUAGUUUUUGGUGCACAAGGAUUAAUCAUUAGGCACCAAUAGCUUGAGUAUGGUGUGUUGAAGGGGUUUCUCCCCUACCCACUGAUGUUGACUGGUGCUCUGUCCUUUCCCCCACCAUCUCCUUCCGCUGUGGUAUAAUCUACCUUAAUAAACACUAGAGGGGGUUGAUGCUUUUUGUAGCGGUGCGUGGAACUGAGCCUACACUCAACUUGAGUGUGAUCUGAGAUUUCUGUUGCGGCAGGUUUUCUAGUUCUCUUGCAAAACUAAUCACAUUCACACAUACCAAGACACCUGUACAUAAGGAACAUUGUACACAAAAGUCUUGCUAAAAAAUUAAAGCUUACCUAUUCCUGAA